UUUUUUGAAUAACCAACUUCCCCUAAUUUGUAGAUUUCAAAAGAAUUGAUAAGAAAAUAUUCCUACCUUCCUAGUAGAAUAAUGAAACACAAUAGAUUCAGUUUAAAUUCAGUUCUUUCUGAAAACGAAACCCAUUUUCGAAAUUUCGGUAAAAACACUUUAAUUAAAUUUUUGCAAAAAUGGAUAAAAAUGGACCACCGCCAGCAUAUUCAUCAACUCAACCUGGUUGGGCAUCACAACCACCUCAACAACCACCACCAGCAUGGACACCAGCACAAAAUUAUCAACCAGCACAAACUUAUCAACCUGGUUAUGGUCAACCAGCACCUCCAGCAGCUGCUGUGAUAAUAUCAAGUCAGCCAACAAAUGUGCAAUAUGUUACACCAGUUGGACCAACUUCAUCGAGAGUAACAUGUCCAUCGUGCAGAGCUGAUGUACAAACUCGAUUACAACAUGAACCAACAACAAACACUCAUUUGAUGGCAUUGUGUCUAUUUUGUUUUCUUUGCUGGCCCUGUGUUUGCUUGCCUUACUGCAUGGACUCGUGUCAAAAUGCAAAUCACUAUUGUCCAAAUUGCAAUGCAUUUAUUGGAACCUAUCAGAGUUAAGCAGUUUGAUUAAAUUUGGAUACUAAUAAAAUUCAAACAAAUUAAAACCAAAA